CGCACCAAUACACCAAAGUCUUCAUGAACAUUCAGUCAUUGCGAAAGUUGGGGGCAUGUGAAGCGCGCGCGUAUAUCGAAGGUGAAAAAGGGAUGAAAAUUAAUGAAAAUGGCAGAGAAGGUUUUGUGGAUCGUAAACUGAAAAUCCUUAGAACAAAGAUCGCAGACGGGCGUAGUUGUGAUAUCUUCAAAAUUAAUAGCAUGUAACCUGAAGGCACAGUGCAUGUGAGAUGGAAUUUUUGUGAACAAGUGUCUUAGAUGAACGAUAUUGUGGGUGUGAAAAUUGUGGCAUUUGCGAAGUUCUCUAUUUUAGUUUGAAAUGUUACAAACCGAUAAUUAGUUUGAAAAUGUGUUCGAAUGCUGAGCUAUUUUGCAAUGAUUUAUGCUGAAUUCUCUUCCCAUAACUGCAUCAAACAUGAAUCGUGCAGUGAAUUUUGCAUUAAGACAGAAUACGGAAAAUACGUGUGGCACUGUGAGCAAGCAUAAUAGGAAACUAUUAAAAAAAACAUGACAUUAACAUAGAAAAUGUUUUCACAGAUUAUGGAAUAUUAUAUAUGAAUAACGAUAUAUUUUCCAUUUAACUCAACCAUACCAAUAAUUAGUAAAACACAUGUCAAAAGGUAUCCUACAUUAAGUUGGAAGAAAUUGCCUCAUUUUUAUAAGAAAAGUGAUUAUAACGAUGACAAAAAAUUAAAUGUGAUGUAGAAAAUGUGAAUAAAAGUUUUUUCUUUCAUCAUGGACGGAUAAAAAUUGUUCAGAAUAGAUACCAAUAGUUUAGUAUACCAAAAAUAUAGAAAAAUGCAGACCCUCAGGAAGAAGACAAGCCCGCUGAAGUACCGGAAUGAACCAGGACGGUUCUUCGGGGACGGAGUGAGCUUCAAGGCCAAACUGAUUGGCAUCCUGGAGGUCGGCGAGGCCAGGGGAGAUCGUAUGUGUCAGGAAGCAUUACAGGAUCUCAAAAUGGCUAUUAGAGCGGCUGGAGAGCACAAGCAAAGAAUCACGAUACACGUUACCAUUGAUGGAUUACGGUUGAGAGAUGAAAAAACCGGGGACUCUCUCUACCAUCAUCCAGUGCAUAAAAUAUCGUUUAUCGCGCAGGACAUGACGGAUUCGCGUGCAUUUGGCUAUAUUUUUGGAUCACCCGAUAGCGGACAUCGAUUUUUUGGAAUUAAAACAGACAAAGCUGCCAGCCAAGUGGUGUUGGCUAUGCGCGAUCUGUUCCAAGUCGUGUUCGAAUUAAAGAAGAAAGAAAUCGAACUUGCUCGGCAACAUAUUCAGAGCAAAAUCACUGCUCACGAACAUCAAGCUGUAGCCAUGUCCGUGAAGAGUUCUAAUAUCGAUGGUCACGGCAAAAACUUGUCAAGUGACGGUGCGACUGGAUCACAAACUAAUUUCAGUCUAGGAAGCAGUAGUAUAUCGAAAGUGAACGUUAAAAGUGAAAAGUCUCCGGAAUCCGUUGCCGAUCUUGUGGAUCUAGAACAAGAACUUAGUUCGAUUCAACGAGGAAUCACACAGAUGGAAAGGAUAACUCCUAAUGAAGUCCCCACGAAAAAUGUUAUCGAUGAUGACCCCUUCGGUGAUUCCUUUACUAACAUUCCACCGGCAUAUAACCUUUUACCACCUCCGGAAUCAAGUAAACGACAUCUAAAAUUAUCACACAGAUCAACAGAAAACCUGCCUGUUACAGAGCCAGUGCCUGUCACAUCAUCUUCAUCUCCACCUAUUCCUCCUGCACCGUCAACACCAGCUGGACAAACUACUAUGAUUCUGCCGCCUCCGAAUAGCUCAACUCCAGGCCCUACUUUAUCAUCGAGUAACUCAAUCCAGAACGAUGACUGGCUAAACUCACCACCAAAUACGUCACGUUUUGAUCCUGAUCCUGUUAAAUACUCUGAUGAACUAAACCUUAAAGAUUUAGACGAAGGUUUCAAGUCAUCAUCGAGUGCUCCCCAACCAUCUUCUUACACCGAUGUUUUCACAGACCUAGAUCCGCUUGGGACGGGUAAAAUUAAACCGUAUAUAGACAAGAAAUAUUUCUUUCAAGAGUUGAAAAAUCCUCCAAAGAAGGUGCUCAAGGAUUUGUCUGGUGUGGACAGUACUUUUAAUGCAAACUUUUCAUCGGAAGACCAACAACGUCAAUCACCCCAAUCACUUUCUGCUGGUACAAACGUACCCUCUUCAGGUAGUGGAGAAAUUUAUAAGUCUUCACAAGAAAGUAAGGUGAAGGAACCAUUGGACACAGAGUUUCUCGACCCCUUUGCCAAUAAAGUGGCGGACCCAUUCAUGGAAGAUGAUGAUUUUUCCAAGCUGCAUAUUGAUCCAUUUGAUAUGCAUUUUUCCCGUACAUCUUCUCCCAGACAAGCAGAAACUAAAUAUUCAGACGAUUGUCCUUCUAAACCGGUCACAAAAUCUGAAGAAAAUAGAUUGGAUGACAGUCCAGUAGCUUACAAUGGGCCGCUUCAAGUUACUCUCCCCCCGGAAAGUUGGGCAAGUUAUAUAAGUCAAAAACGCCUAGAGCGCCAGAAUUCCGAUUCUACACCUCCUGGAAUCACAAGUACAGCACGGAAUCGACCAAACGUGUUCAAGCAGAAUACGGUUGAUGUGAUAUCCAGUAUUAGUAAUAGCUCUAAAAAAAUGAAACCCAAUCUUUUCGGGCAAAAGUUUUCAAAAAGAGACUCAAACAGUAUAAAUAUGCGACGUUUGCAAGAAAGCGAUUCGUUAAGCGAGAAUGAGGCAGCUCCAGAGCCUCCUCCACGUCCUGAUUCAGGAUCGCACAUUGAGCCACCUCCACUCCCUCCUAAGAAACAGUUUGCUGAUAUUGUGAUACGGCCCACACCUCGAAUAGGCCCUUCCGUCACUGCCGGAUCUUCAAUGGGAUCAGACGGCGCUAGCAAAGAACGCUACGAUUUUGUUGGUGCGAAAUUCGAACUACGGCACCAAUCUGCCAGUGAUAAUGCUCCCCCUUUGCCCUUACCGUCAAGGAAAGUGAACAGGAGUGAUGGUUCUUCGCCGGGACGUCCUUUCAAAAAGCUCAACGAAGAAGAUGAUUAUCUGCAACCCAUUUCAACAAGAUCAGAAAUUCCAACGUUGUUACCUCCACCACAACGGAAGGAAGCUUCUAAAACACGAGCCGCGCGCAAAUCUGAGACCGAUCCACGAAAUCUCGAUGAACCGACUCCUCCAGCUCAGUCUAAGUCUCCUACCUACAGAGAUAAAGACUCACUGUUGCCAGAUAUUACCCUCAGUCAAUUAUUAACACUAGGCAUCGAUGAGCUGGCUAUAAAACUAAAUGUUCCCGUAACCAAACUUAGCACUAUGACAUUGGUAGAACUGACCUCAUAUCUUUCCGAAUUUAUUGAAAACACUAAAAAUUCGCCCUCAUCGGCCACAUCGUGGAAUCCAGAAGCCGAAACUAACGAUUCGCCCGUAUUCAAAGUUAACUUUGACGAACGUAGUGAUGCUACAUUCGUGGCCAAGUUCGACGAUGAUUUUGGCGACGAAAAUACAUUCGUAGCUAAUUUCGAUAAUAUGAACUUACAGCCAGUGCAACCCACUACCCAGCCGGUAUUCAGCGGUCCCGUAAUCGACAAAUAUGCAGUGUUCCGGGAAAUAAUUGAAAAAGAAAUUUGUCCAACUCAGGAAUCACCAGUAAACGACCACGAAAAAAUGGUCUCUGAAAUGACAUCGUUAGAUUUCGACAAAGAGGUAGCUAACGAGAUGACACGUUUAUCCCCUAACAUAAUAGCAGAACAACUCACUGGAUCACCUUCCCAGUCACAAAUGUUUUCGGCAACAAGUCCACCGUCAAUGCCAAUGACCAAAAUUGACACAAAGAUAACUGAAGUUAUUGCACAUGCCAAAGAUCGAUACGCCGCUUUGAGAGAUAUCAUACUGGUAGAGGAUCUUUUCGAGAAACCACAACCAACACAUCAUUCUGCAUCUACCGCACCGAUAGCUCGUAUGGAAUCUUCCUCGUUUGAAGAUCGAGAUACCGAGGAUGAACACAAGUUUGAAGCGAAUUUCGAGGAUAUGCCUCAACAUGAAAGCCAUUCUCCCGAAAUCAACAUUUCCGAUGCCGACAUUAACGACGAAUUUCAUAUACAGCAUACUCAUCCAGUAUUACCGGGUUUAGAACCACAAGAACCUCAAAAUCUGAGCUUUCGAAACACACCGAAAGAGGAUUUGGAAAUCGAUGUGUUUAUGCAAAAAGCAGCAUCGAAUUUAUCUCUUCAUAGCACUGGGCAGUUAUCACCAGCCCAGCAAACAAUUGGAGGCCUUACGGUAAUAUCCCCACAACUGCAAAGUACAUCCACAUCUCCUAGUCGGCCAAUGAUGACAAAAUCUCCAGUCAACGCUGCCGUUACAGAAGAUGGUUCUCGACAGCAAAACAUGUCCGUAGAAAAAUUGACAAAGGCUACUCUCAAUGAUAUGAGCACUUCACCAAUCCAACUAUCGAAAUCUCCGUUGAACAAGAGUCCAAUUAUAAGCUCACCCCAUCGGAAAACUUCGGCGGGCGUAACCAGCAUUGAAACGAAUGUCAAUGUCGGAAUGAAAAUGAAAACCGAUUCACUGCAAAAACGGUCAUCUGGUUCGCUAAGUGGUGAUGGUGGAGAAUCUUCUCCCGAAGCGGAGCGAACUAAAGAUUGUAAAACAUCGAAACUUACACCAACUAAUACGAACGAAUCAUGGGCAGUGUUUGAUCAACCAGAACCAGCACCUACACAGAGAAAGGCUGAUGCGAUACGUCAAUCAAAAGAGAAAAAUGGCCCGGAAUCACCUUGUUCGUCAGACCCUAAGGAAGAGUGGAAAACUGAGCGGGAUUAUGGAAGGCGUUGGCCUAACAAAGGACAUACUUCAUCUUCAUCGCGUGAUGUUUCUCCAUGGGACGAAGAUGGUCCUGACUUUCGGAAACGCCCACCAUGCCACCAUCCACCAACUGCAGGUGAACGCUAUCAUCAUCCCAGGAUUCCUCCAAAACGUAUCAAUUCAAACGAUGAAGAUUACGAAGAUGAAAAGAAAGAACGCAGCGAUCGUCGGCGUCGUAUGAAAGGGCAAAUGAACUCUAGGAGUCGUGAAAACUUUGAAGAUGAACACUGGUCUUACGAACAUCCCAAUUGGUCACCAGCAGAGGAUGAAGAAAGACCUGAUCGAUCUAGGUCCUUCGAUAGAAAUGCCUACGAGCGAAGUACCUACGGACCACCGUAUGAGAAACGGGAACCGAAGAGCCUGUCGCAAUACGAUAGGAGAGACUACAAGAACUACGACAAAAGAAAGUAUUAUAGAGAACGGGGUAGGCCCAAUUACGAGUAUGAUCCAUACGACGAAGGAUAUGAUCAACGAAUUAUGAAAGGUAGAGUCGAUUACGAAGAUAUUUAUGAGCGGGCACCUCGAGAUUCUAGGGUAGCUAGGGAUUACUUCUACGAUAGAGACAGAAAAAGUUUUGAUCGCGAUAGUAAUGAUUCAUACGAGAGGAAAAGUUUUGGAAGUGGUGAUAUUUAUGGUAGUUUAGAUAGUCGAGGAGAUUAUCGCGAAAGGGAACGUUAUUUAUCGUUGGAUAAACCACGACCACUACGGCGGGGAAUGAGAAACACUGGCAGUGCAAGGUUGGAUGAACCAGAUCUGGACUCCGAGGGUGAUCUUAUUGGUAAUAGACGGGGAGAUCCAAGCAAUAUACAUCGCUCUAGUCAAAAUAUUCGAGGUAAGCUAGUAGUAGAUGACGAUGUUUGGGGAGUAACCAUGGGUGGCAAACCGGGAUGGAAGAGGCCUUCCAGUGCGACCGAACAAGAAAGACGGUAUAAUGAAAGUAGAAGAAUGAUGCUUAACACUUCACUUGCUGGUUCUGAUGGCGAAAGAGAUCGUCGAUUCCGUAAGAAAGGAAGAACUCGGUCCAAAGAACCGGACGUACGACCAGGCUAUGCCACAAUGCGUUAUCCAUCACGAACUAAGGAAGAUUAUUUUGAUUUUGAGGCGGAUGCGAGGGUGGCUGCCGGCGGAGGUGGAGUUUACGAUAAUGAUGAUGAUGAAGAAGUUGGCAACAAUAAGAUGAUAGGUGGAAGCAUCGAUGACAGUCCAUCAUAUUAUGGACGGCGGCAACCGUCAGCUCAUUACAAACAAACCACUCCACGAUCGGAAGCAAGAACGCUUAAUGACACACUGAUUGCACAAGAGGCUAAAAAAAUGUCUCGGUACGAAUACGAAGAAGAAGCUAUACGACGAAUGAAAAAAAGCAACAGCCGUGAUUUAUAUUUUGAAGUAGAAGAAAAAGAACGGUUUGGUAGUAAGUUUGGCUCAGGAAACUUCGAAUCGGCUACUCCGCCAAAGAGUGCAAAACAUGUACGAAUGGAGUUUGAGUUUGAUGAGCUGAGUGAUACUCACCAGUCAAACUUCGAAGGCGGUGAUGGUUUUGAGAGUGACUUUAACUCUCCUCCAGCACCACCCGCCGCACCUAUUCAGACUUCUCAUCACAGUAGCAAAGCAUUCCGUUUUUCUAACGAUUUUUCGGAGAAAGAUCCUGGUCGUCAUUACCAAAGACAUCAGGCUCAAGGCUAUGCAGGCUUCGAAGCAGAUUUUGCAGCACCCGCACGAGGGGCUCCUAGUUCUCAGGCUGCUUCGAAGCUGCGAUUCAAUGAGAACGUUACUGUAUCCAAGUUUAAUUCCGAAACGAGUACAGCCACUUCACAUAUGUUUGAAGAUGAUUUUGCCGGACGUUCCGAUAACGAACUAGAAGAUCAGUGGACACCGGAUAUGCAUGCUCCGGUAACAGGCACAAAUGGUAACAAAAAAAUCUUGAAAACAUCAAACCAGCAGCAAACGCAUACACAACAAGAUAAUAUUCGAAAAUCAGAUAGUGUCAAUAUUUUUGCAAAAAAGGUUGACGAUCCCUUCGAAGAUGAUGAUUUUUUCGCAUCUGGUACGUCCAGCAGUAAAGAUCCAUUCGAGGGCUCAGCAGGUGCUGGUCCAAUCGACGAAUCGGGUGAAGGACAAUCCGGUUGGGAUAGAAAUUUCGCAAAUUUUGACGAUAAUAUCUGAUUACUCGGUAGCCUGAUGAUGAACAGUAACAUACUCAGUCGUCAGUUCAAUCGGAAUCUCAGUCAGCGCCAGCAAUAUCAGUACUGUUGCCAAAGCGAAAAUCAGCGGUAUUCGCUGGCGAAGGAUCUUAGAAAGCUUUACAUGCGCAUCAAGCAUUUAAAUAGGUAUGAAGUAUUCGUUUAGACGUAUAAAUUGUUAUUUUUUUCAAUGAUGGCCGACUGAUUGAUUACUAGAUUUUACCUGUAUUACAUUUAUUUAACGUAGAGUGAUUUUAAUGACUGUAUAAUUUUUAAACAUAUUGGUUAGACAUGAAAGAGCCAAGCGGCUUCAAAGUGAAUAGCAAAAACAGUUAUUCGAAUAGGUCCUAGCCAAAUCAAGUAUAUAGAACCUGAAACAACUCCCUAGAGUAUCAGCUUCACAAUUCUACAUGAACAGCGAAUUAUUCUAAUCGAUACAAUACAUUUCUUUCUGCCUAAAAUCAUAUACUUCAUGUGUUGGUAUAGGUUUUUCUUUUGCAUACGUUCGCAGAGAGGAUCGACCAAAGAUCUCAAUUGAAUUUAAUGUGAUUUGCACUGAUUUGUUUGAUCAAGUAUGUACACCGUCAUGUCAAGUCUUAAAUUUAUAGCUGUGAAAAUAUGAAAAGAUAUGCCAGGGCUGCCAUAAAAAAUAUGAACACCCUAAUACUAGUAUCCUAUAUGAUAUAUGUACGACGCUGUAGAAUCUAAAAGAAAUCCUCUAGUCAUUUCAUUCGAUACUAUAAUCAUAAAUUAAGCAAUAUUUGGUUGUUUUAUGGUUGUCUAUGAAAAUUUGUAGGUAAUAUAAUUAGUUACAUGAUAAGCUUAGAUUUGAUUAUAUUUAUUCACUUACGUGAUUUUAAUUUUCAGUGUAAUCUGAUACUGAACCAAGCGCUUAAGUCCCAAUAAUCAUAAUUAUUUUGAAACUUAUAGAGAAUUGCAAAGAAGUGGCUUUCAUUUCUUUAUGUUUUUUUCAUUCGCUCAACGGUUUCACUUUGUAGAACCGAAAUUUAAAAGAAGCUUCGUAUAGAGACAUUGUAGAGCUGAUUCAUAUAAACUUUAAUAUUACUGAAUCAAUUAUGGUUUCGUCUUUUGUUGUCCCAUUUCUAUGUAACAGUUUCUUAGCAAGAGAACACUCACUAGCUAAUAAAUUAUUAUCUUACUGUAUUACAUCCCAUUGAACGGCCCUGCAAUUACUUUAAACCAGGCUUUCUUCGACUUUCGGGUCUGUGAGUGAAUGUAAAUAAAUAAAACAAAUGAAACUAUCCUUAUUUGAACGUGUGUGAACAGAAAAUUAUUUCUGUACAAACCUCUCGAGAAGGUAAGCGAAUAAGAUUAUAGAAGAAGCUGGUAAUCCCGAAAUGUUCAGAGAAGUUGGCACCGAGAUAACACACCUUAAGCUGUAUGAGUGGAAAUAAUAGUGUGAAAAACAUUCUAUCACGCUGAAUAAAUGCACAUCAUUUAGACCUGUUUUAAUAAGCUUUGUUGAGGAAAAUGUGUGAAUGCUUUUUCCAGAAACUGUAUUAUUAACAUUACAUAACCAUUGUAAACUUUUGACGUUUUCAGUUAUCAUGAACGAUGGAAUGUAUAAUACAUUAAAAAAGAUGUCGUCAUCUAAGCGUUAUGACUGAUAAAGCAUUCGCAUGAAUUGGAAUACUCUAAUGAAACAACUUCCAUCAUAAAUUAUCGGUUUUCUUCUCAGUAGGUUAGAAGUAGUUUACUUGAACAAGCAGAUAUUAUAGUUCCUACCAAGUCAGCACUCACGGCACAUAGAAACGGCGGAAACGGAGGGUUUUGAAAGCUCUAUUAGAGAAUACGAAAACUAAAAAAUACAUAUAUCAUUUGAGGAUAUGUUAACAGUAUUUUUGCUUUUUUCGAUACAUUUUACUCAUUUGUAACUUCAUUGAAUGCAACUUGUUAGGUCUUUCUGUUAGUGUUAUUACUGUUGCAUGCAAAAAAUAGAAAACAUCAAAGGCGUGAAUGAUCAAGAUUCGAAAAUAAUCUGUAAAUUUGCUUUGUAUAUUUUUUGUACAAUAUUUAUUGAAGUAUCAUUUAAUGAUAUCAUGCAAAAUGAUACUAAAUGUAAUGAGAAACACAAAAAAUAUCUAGAAACUACAAUUCAUGUAGAUGUUCGAAAUACACAAAUACAACCCAGUUACACUAAAAAUUAAAUAAAAACCAAUUAUGGUUAGCGAUCGCAGAUAGAUAACGAAUCGUCACACCUAAUGUUGAUUUGAAAGAAAUAUUAAAACGAAUAAAGUAUGUAAGAUCUCAAUCCAUACUCAAACCGAUAA